AUGUCGCCCGUCGCGGACGAGCUGCACCCAGUCUUCCACUCUGGGCGCGUCGCGGUGAUCACGGGCGCUGCGAGCGGAAUCGGGCGGGCGGCUGCGCUGGAGCUGGCAAGAUUGCAGAUGAGGGUCGCGCUCGCGGAUGUGGACGAGCUCAAGUUGGCUGAGACUGGGAAGGAGGUUCUCGCGAUCGCCGGCGAGGGCAACGUGCUGGUCAUUCCUACCGACGUGAGCAAGCUCGACGAUGUCGUCAGGCUGAAGGAGAAGGUGUACGAGACCUGGGGGGAAGUCGGUGUCUUAAUGAACAAUGCCGCGAUCGGGCCCAAAGGUACGUCGUGGGAGGGGCUGGACAACUGGAGGAAGACGUUCGAUGUGAAUGUGUUUGGCGUGCUUAACGUCCAGCACACCUUCGUUCCGCCUAUGAUCCACCAGGAGAACCAGUCUGUAAUCAUCAACACUGGCUCCAAGCAAGGUAUCACUAACCCCCCUGGCAACGCAUCCUACAAUGCGUCCAAAGCCGCCGUGAAGAGCUUAACCGAAGGGCUCGCCUGGGAACUGCGUGAACGGCCCGCGACCAACUUAACCGCGCACCUCUUCAUCCCCGGCUGGACCUACACCGCCCUGGGCGGCGCCUCCCCUGACAAGGAGAAGCCUGCAGGCGCGUGGACUCCCGAGGAGACUGUCCUGUACAUGCUCGACAAGGUCCGCAACGGCGACUUCUACAUCCUCUGUCCGGAUAACGAGACGAGGAGGGAGGUCGACCAGCUGAGGAUUAUGUGGGGCGCGGGCGACAUUGCCGAGGGGCGCCCUGCGCUGAGUAGGUGGCACCCGAAGUAUAAGAGCUUGUUCGAGGAAUAUGUGAGGGAAGGGUUGGCGUCUAUGCAGGAUUGA